AUGUGUUCCCCAGAACUAUGUCGUACACUGAACAUCCUACACUACUUUGUUGUAAGUUGGAUCGUUCUGGGCAUCAUCAUCCCUACUGCCAUGCUGUACAAGAAACAUCUGGAUCCAAUAGUCUACCCACCACUCGUUAUGACAAUAUCUGCAUUGAUCUACAUGGCGUACUGUAUUUUGUGUACCAAGCCGGUUAAGCGCAAUCAACCAGAAAUGAGAUAUGUUUACUUGGAUACUCGUGACCGUGACAUUAAUGGAGGACAAUUUAAUCAUCAACUUAUUCCGUUGCAUGUUGAUACUCAAGUUUAA